UGCAGGAAGCUCCCGCGACAACAUGUCCGCCUCGAAUCGCACGAUCAUGCGAAUCGCGUGCAUUUUGCUCGUGUUUGUCCUCCAAAACUCGCUUGCAUCGCAGAGCGCGCCGUCCGGCGGAAAGCAGUACGCGUCUCAGAGUAAUCGUCCCCCCGUCAACCGCACCUUGAUAGACGAGCUCAAGAAAAAUUAUUUGUCCUACAUGAAGAGCCGGUCCAAUGUUUCAAACAGCGUCACGGACAAACCGUCUCCGGAACCCGUGACGGAGGACGACAGUAUUUCGGACUCAUCGAUUUUCGACGACGACAGCACGCCGAAGGACAAUUUUCUCGACUGGUUCGUGCCCAAGAGAAUUAAAGGAUUGUUUACUCAUGGAAGCCGGAAAACUCGAGAAUUAAGAGAUAUGAAAAAAUAUUCACAAAAUAAUCGCAACUCCAAAGAUGAUAGCUUUGAAAUGGAAGAUGAUGAGGGUAGAGAGAAGAAACAAUGUGUUCACGGGAAGUCAAGGAAACUACUCUCAAGUUGGCGAUGGAUGCGAAGUGUCGAUGACGCGUUAGGAUCAGGUGAUGGAGGUGAUAAGGAAAUGGAUGAAAAUGUUGAAACAUCGAUAGUUGCUCCUGGUAAAAGUGUUGACAACCCGUUGGAAUCGGGUAACGGUACAGAUAAGGAAUUGGAUGAAAAUGUUGAAACAUCGAUAGUUGCUCCUGGUGAAAGUGUUGACAACCCGUUGGAAUCGGCUAACGGUACAGAUAAGGAAUUGGAUGAAAAUGUUGAAACAUCGAUAGUUGCUCCCGGUGAAAGUGUUGACAACCAGUUGGAAUCGGGUAACGGUACAGAUAAGGAAUUGGAUGAAAAUGUGGUAACGUCAACAUUAGUGACUCCCAGCAUCGAUGAUGUGGAGGGUCAUUCUGGUGAUUCGAAUGCAAAUACAGAUUCAACAAGCGUUAAAGUUCAGCCCACGUCGGACAAUGAUUCAAAUGAAUCAUUCUUUGAUGACUUUAAUAUCAAUGAGGAAAUGAAAAACUUGAUCACAAAAAUGGAAAACUUCAGAAUGGCUAGAGGCCUCAAUAAUGGCGAAUUCAGUACACACAAACGGGAAUAAAUAAUACAGCGCUCCGAGGCAACAUAUUCCAACAAAGUUAAAUAAAAUAGCAGAAAUAAAUAUUUCGAAGAGAUCAAACAUUUGCUCGAUGAUUAUUCGUUUGGUAAUAUUUUUAAGGCAACUAGGAGUGCAUGUCUAAGUAUGGUAUCGUAAUCGAUUGCACUGAUGAUCAAAAGUAGAAGGUAAUUACUUACUUUAUGGUAAAUUUCCAACUGAUUCUCUGUCUGAAAGAAAGAAAGAAAGAAAAAAAUAACGAGUUUAGUAUUGCAAGGCCCAAAACUAAUCUGGCAAAAUGAAAUUUUCGUACAACUGAUUAAUUGUAUUUCGCCGCGAAUUUCAACACAACUUUGCAUGUAUAUGAGAUAGAAAAUAAACCAAUUUUCUCAAAUGA